AUGGCUUCAAAUACUGCAGCCUGGAUUACAGCACCCAAAGCUCGACCACUCGAGGUCAAAGCUGCUCCUAUGGCAACUCCGGGAGCAGACCAUAUCCUCAUAAAAAACUACGCUCUUGCCAUCAACCCAAUUGAUGGCAAGCUUCAAGCAACGGCCUUUUACCCGCUCAACUAUCCUGACAUCCUCGGGCAGGACAUCGCGGGUGAAGUCGUGCUAGUUGGACCCAAUGUGACCGGCUUCAAGAAGGGGGACCGCGUGAUCGGCAACGCAACGGGCUUUGCGACGAAGCGAAACGAAAACAAGGGAUUCCAAGCCUACACGGUCCUCGAGACCAAUAUGGCCUGCCAGAUUCCCGCAAGAAUCUCCUUUGAAAGGGCCGUUGUGCUCCCGCUAGGCCUAUCGACUGCAUCCUCUGGCCUAUUCCAUCCCGACUACCUCAAUCUCCAGCUACCGACCGAGCCUCGGCAGAAGUCAACCGGAAAGAUCAUCCUAAUCUGGGGGGGAUCAUCGAGUGUUGGGUGCAACGCAAUCCAGCUCUCUGUUGCGGCCGGCUAUGAGGUUAUCACGACGGCAUCGCCAAAGAACUUUGAGCUUGUCAAGAAGCUGGGCGCAAGUCAAGUCUUCGACUAUAACGAGACAACGGUCGUAUCGAGCCUGAUUAGCGCCGCGAAGGGCAAAACCAUUGCCGGCGCAUUCGACGCCAUCGGAGAAGGGGCCUACGAGCCCUGCAUCGAGUUUGUCCGGAGAUCAGAGGGAACCAAAUUCGUAGCUACCGUGUUCGUUAGGCCCGUUGAGCCUCCCGAAGGGAUCCAAGUCGCCAAAGUGUAUGCCCCUUCUAUUAGGAACAACCAUGUCGCUCAGGCCAUCUACCAAGAUUUCCUGCCGAAGGCUCUCGAGGCUGGGGCGUAUAUCCCGGCUCCUGAGCCGAUGGUGGCCGGAAAAGGGCUCGAAAGCGUGCAAGGCGCCAUAGAUAUCCAGGGCCAAGGUACUUCAGCUCGGAAGGUGGUGGUAUUGCUUUAA